AUGCCGAACUACGUCUUCAGCCUUGCCCACUUCUGUGAGAUCCACGGGUCCUCCAUCGUCAUUUGCACACAACAGAACGAUCUGGACCUUAUCAACUCCAGCGCACUGAAACUACUGUCCUGUGCACUGUGUGAACUAGUUCUACCGAACGAUGCUGUGAAUUUGGUCAGUCUGACCAACAACGGGGAAAAGUACGUUUCUACAAGGUACCCGCUGUCACAGAAUGUGUACACGGCGUACGUGAAACUUGUAAUGAAGCUGUUGUCUGUGGAGACAUCGGCGGAUUCGCUGAAACCCGUUUUCUUUGGUGACGUGGCAAACGGGUUUUGCAUGAGCAGGGUGUUUCGAGUGCAAGACGUCAAUUCAAGAGGAGGCGAGCGAAAGUACGCUUUGGUGAUGGGGUGUGACGAGGAGCUGCAUCUUCUACGAAACUGGGAUAUCGUCAGCACGUAUAUGGCUGAAAUCAUCCUGGCAAUACAGCGUCAGGUGGAGAAGCAUUUGGCAGAGGAGGCCGAGCAGCUGAACAACGUGGACAACGAGCGCUACUUGCGGCGGUCGAAAAUACGACCCAAGUCGCUUGUGGAGUUGACCAAUGAUACGCAGAUCUUCGUCAGAUUCCAUCUCUGGGCGAUCGAGUUGCUCAGAGACGUCUUGAGCUAG